AUGGCGGAGAUUAAUGAUAUUGGAACACAAACUGACCUGCGCAAGGAUGUGCUCAAAGACCACGUCUUUGUAGCAUCGCUCAUCGGUGUUUUGACAGACGUGUUUGGGUCUGCGAAAGACCUGUACCACAAAUUGAAGCAGCAGUCUACCUGCGACGACGACGACAUAACGCAGAGAGACAAACAUGCGUCCAACCACGAUCAUCGGGAUUCACACCCAAACAUCUUAGAAUCUGUCGGUCGCCAUGUACGAUGGAGCCUCGACCAGAGGGCCAGGCACUACAGCGACAGGGAAGAUGACCUUAUAUGCAACGCAUCCGCUCAAGUCCAAACAACAUAUGAUCGCGCAUACCGCAAGAUCGGCGAGCUGUACGCGCGCGGUGACGACAUUGCAAGGAUCCAACUGCAAUCGCAGAUCAUCAAGUUGCAGCAAGUUCUGAUCAGCAUACAUCAAGACUUCGGGCUUAGCAACUACCUCACAAUCGCCUCCUCACACUCUCAACUCAUCUACCUAGUCCAGACCGUCCGAACAACGCGCGCAGCUGCCAUCCAAGCACUCGAUCUCCUCUACCAACGUCUGCUGGCCGAGCCUCGUCCUGGGAAGCCAGAUCCGCGCCCGUCGAUGCCAGGAGGCUUUCCAACAGCUCCCAAGAAGCCACACAGGAGUCGCAGCAGCAGCUCAAGCUCUUCAGACACUCCUGUUCCAGUACCGCUGAAGCCGACACCCAGACCCGAGCCUAAACCAGUGCCUGCGCCAGCGCCUUGCCCAGCACCGAAACCGAACCCCAACUUGAACAAACUCUUCUGCCGUUACGCCCUCGACCUUCAAUACAAUCCUCAUCUUCCACUCUCACACCAUUUCUAUACCAACGGUGAUCGUCGCUGUCCCCACUGCCGUACUUUCAUACCUGUGCGGCCGAACAAGGCGUGGGAAAUCGUCAUGCUCGCUCGCGGACGGCAUCCAAGGCGGAUGAAGUUCCUAGUAAGGAACGAAUUUGUUGUCAAGUGUCAUCGUGUCGGCGGUGGUUUCGCAUGUGUACUGUGCGCAAAGUAUGGUGAUGCGGAUACAGUGUGUCGCGAUGUGGGGGAUUUGAUGGAGCACUUGUGGAGGGAGCAUACGUGUGAGGAUUUGGAGAGGGAUGAGGAUAUUGUGGGUGGUUAG